AUGGACGCGGUUCCCAAAAUCAAAUGGUUUAUUGGAUUGGUUUCAAUGCUACUGUCAAUUCCUUCAAAUUGUAUUCUGAUCUUUCUGGUAAUCACGAAGUCUCCAGAAAAAAUGGGAAAUUAUCGCCAUUUGAUGUGCUACUUCUCAAUUAUGUCAAUGGUUGUGGCAGUGCUGAAUGGUACGACACAGCUGUACAUCUUGAGUGAAAACCGCUUCGUCAUGGUCAUGAAUCUUGAAGACACAUUUCUCGAAAAUCACCCUAAAGUGGCUUUAUGGAUUUUGGGUAAUCGAAUUCUUCUUGGACCAAAAUUCAACAAAAAAAAGUUUCCAGGACUGACAUGUGCGUCAUUUCAGGCAAUAUUUGUUGUGACCUCCAUAAACUUCAUUUUUCGAUAUUUCGCACUAGAGAGACAAGGCCGCUUGAAAUAUUUCGCUGGAAAGCGCCUACUCCUCUGGAUUACAGCUCCUUGGGUUAUGGGAGCAAUGAGUAUGACAUCUACAAUUCUGAUGGGUCCUAGAGAAUCCAUGACAGAGAGAUUGAGACCCGAUUUAUUGCGUCGUUUCAAUUUGAACAUCGACAAGACUACAUAUAGUGGAUGCUUUUACUAUACAAUCGAUGAAUUUGGAAAUUCCUAUAUCAAUUGGAGGGAACUAUGGUACUUAUCACUUGUGAACGUUAUGAUUUGGGUCUCGUUAUAUUCUAUUCUCUAUUUUGGCUACAAGUCUUAUAAAAUUGUCAAAGGAUUGAUUGCUCAGGGCGAGAAUGAGUAUUCCAGAAAUCUACAGACUCAGUUGUACAAGGCGUUGGUUGCUCAGACCUUAAUCCCAGUAUUCUUCAUUUUUAUCCCUGUCAUACUGUAUUUCAUCAGUCCUUAUAUUGGAUUGUGUAAUGAUUGGGCAGCUCUUUUACUUCAGGCAUUAUGUCAGCUUUAUCCUUUCUUUGAACCGAUUCCUAUCAUUUUUCUCGUCGAUGAUUAUCGAAACGCGUUUCUAAAUUUCUUCCGUCGAGUUCUAUCGAAAAACCAAGUGGCAUCUGUGCAAGUUUAUGAGCCAAAUCAGGAUAGUUUGUCGCCAUAA